GGUGGCACCCGGGCUAGUUGAGAUCCGGAGGCCGGGGCCGCCUCCCUACGUCCAUCCGCCAGCUUCUCUUGCUCCAUCUUCUCGGAGGAGCCGCGGCGACCUCGGCUUCCAGCGCGUCGGGCGGAGCGAAGCGGCGGCGGGGAUGGUGUUGCUGGGCUUGCUUCAGGCUGGAAGCUCGGUGCUGGGCCAGGCGAUGGAGCAGGUGACAGGCGGCAACCUGCUCUCCACCCUGCUCAUCGCCUGCGCCUUCACGCUCAGCCUGGUCUACCUGUUCCGCCUAGCAGUGGGCCACAUGGUCCAGCUCCCCGCCGGGGCGAAAAGUCCACCAUACAUUUUCUCUCCAAUUCCGUUCCUUGGCCAUGCUGUAGCAUUUGGGAAGAGUCCAAUUGAAUUUCUAGAAAAUGCAUAUGAGAAGUAUGGACCUGUAUUUAGCUUUACUAUGGUGGGCAAGACUUUUACUUACCUUCUGGGGAGUGAUGCUGCUGCCCUGCUUUUCAAUAGUAAGAAUGAAGACUUGAAUGCAGAAGAUGUCUAUGGCCGGCUGACAACCCCUGUGUUUGGGAAAGGAGUUGCAUAUGACGUGCCAAAUGCAGUUUUCUUGGAACAGAAGAAAAUGUUAAAAAGUGGCCUUAACAUAGCCCACUUUAAACAGUAUGUUUCUAUAAUUGAAAAAGAAACAAAGGAAUAUUUUCGAAGUUGGGGAGAAAGUGGAGAAAAAAAUGUAUUUGAAGCUCUUUCUGAGCUUAUCAUUUUAACAGCCAGCCAUUGUUUACAUGGAAAGGAGAUCAGAAGUCAACUCAAUGAGAAGGUAGCACAGCUGUAUGCCGAUUUGGAUGGAGGUUUUAGCCAUGCUGCCUGGCUAUUGCCAGGUUGGCUGCCUCUGCCGAGUUUCAGACGCAGGGAUAGAGCCCAUCGAGAAAUCAAGAAUAUCUUCUAUAAGGCAAUCCAGAAACGCAGACAGUCAGAAGAAAAAAUUGAUGACAUUCUCCAAACUUUACUGGACUCAACAUACAAGGACGGGCGUCCUCUGACAGAUGAUGAAAUAGCAGGGAUGCUUAUUGGUCUGCUCCUGGCAGGUCAACACACCUCCUCAACUACCAGUGCCUGGAUGGGCUUCUUUUUGGCCAGAGACAAAACACUUCAACAAAAAUGCUACUUAGAACAGAAAACCGUGUGUGGUGAGGAUCUGCCUCCUUUAACUUAUGACCAGACUGUGGCAGGGUACACCAUUCCUCCAGGACAUCAGGUGUGUGUUUCUCCCACUGUCAAUCAAAGACUUAAAGAUUCAUGGGUAGAACGUCUGGACUUCAAUCCUGAUCGCUACUUACAGGAUAAUCCAGCUUCAGGAGAGAAGUUUGCCUAUGUACCAUUUGGAGCUGGGCGUCAUCGUUGUAUUGGUGAAAAUUUUGCAUAUGUUCAAAUUAAGACAAUUUGGUCCACUAUGCUUCGUUUAUAUGAAUUUGACCUCAUCAAUGGAUAUUUUCCCAGUGUGAAUUACACAACUAUGAUUCACACCCCUGAAAACCCGGUAAUCCAUUACAAACAAAGAGCAAAAUGAGAAAGGCUGCAAGGAACUACCGUGUGAUUCCUCCCUGUCAGCUGCAAAAGCAUUGGAAGAAAAUGAAGUUUACAAAACAGCUUUUCUAGUGUACUGUUUUUUGAGUGUGUAAUUCUAAAGCAGUUUAUGAUUUUAAUGUUUUUUAUUAGCUCAAUGAUUUUAUCAAUUCUAAUGGCAUUUGAAACUUUAUAAAAGUUUUGAUAUGAUGUGUGCUUCCUGGAAGCCAGGUUUAUGAGUAAACAAUCUUUUAGAGGAAUCUAGGUAGUUGGCAGAUGCUACAUAGUAGAA